AUGGCCGGGGUCGACAGGGCCGCGUGGGAGGCGGGCGGCGACGACGACGCCGGCGGCGAGGGCUGCGUCACGGCAAUGGUGUGCCGCGAGAAGACGGUUUCGUUGACGCCCACGAGCAGCGAGGCCGGCGGUCGCUGGAGGCAGGCUGCCUCGAGGACGACCAGGACUGGCCGGGUAGGCGUGCUGCCCGUCGGCCUGGACGCACUGCAGGCAGCUCUCAAAGUACAUGCCCGUGGCGGCGCCGGCGUCGACGUCGCAGUAUGCAAAGGCCGAGACGGCGGCCGGCCGCGCGAUGUCGCUCUUCAGCGCGGCGGCCAGCGCGCCGCACGACUCGGGCGUCACGCAGGGGCUCGAGGUCGCGCCCGCGGUGGCGUUGGGAUACCCGAGGACGCAGCGGUCGAGGGCGUACCGGAGAUUAUCUGGCUCUUGGCGUCAGCGCAACGCCGCACUUUUCACAAACGGCACCGGGGGCCCGGGGGAGGCCGUACACAGAAACCAGGCCUGGUCGCCCUCGCCGCCCUGCGUGUACGUGCUGCCCUGCAGGCACGCCAGGCAGGUCCUCAGCUUGCGCCCCGCGGCGUCGGCGUCGGCGUCGAACUGCCCGUCGGCGCAGACAAUGUCGCCCGCGCGCGUGUUGGACGAGUUGGGGUCCGAGGCGUCCAGCCCGGCCGAGUCGAUGCACGCCGACGAACAGGGCGAGUUGGGCGUCACCUGGAGGGCGGCCGCGGACACGGCGAGCAGCAGCGGCAGCAGGAGGCGGCGGCUUCUCGAGGCCAUGAUGGCGGAUGGUUUUUUUUUCUUCCUGGGUGA